CCUGGUUUCUGUGUUGACAAACGAAAGAGAGCCAGAUGGAUUCAUAAUUGUACAAUUACUCCAAAACUAAACCAGUUUUAACUGUGGUUAGCUAUCUUACGCGUUGACAGGCACAGUAGAAGGUAGUUAGCGAACCAGCCUUGCAGAGGCAAUGGACCGGACUAGGCUGUUGUUCGUGUUGUUUGGGGGUUUGUUGGAGGUGUGUUGUAAUGUGUCGGCUAACAGAGGGGGAUCUCCUUCGUUUACUGAUGAAAUCCCAUUCAAAAUCAACUGGCCCGGGGCCGAAUUCACCCUGGUGGGUGUUGACGCUCAGUUUGUGUGUGUUUGUGUUUGUUGUGUGAUAGAGAAUGCAGUUUUUGUUAUAGAUAACGUUAUCAUGGCUGUUUUUUAAACAUGAUUUAUUGACAAGCUAAUGUUGUUUUAAAUGGUGAUAAAGCAUGUUAAGCCUACCUAGUUACUAGCUAGCUAGGUAUUCCUUGUUAUGGUUGUUGUCAUAUGACUGUCAAAGAAAAGCUGAUCAUACAUGGUCUGUCUGUCAUCGCCUGUUAUGACUCCUGUAAAGUGGUGCACCUCCACAACAUUUACAAUCUGAGAUGAUGUAGCCAGUAAACAUGCAUGCUUUCAGUACAGUAUUAUUAGCUGACCCAAAAUAUUUCCUUCCAUAGCCAACCUCAGGUGCCCUCUACAAAGAAGAUGACUUUGUCAUCAUGACAACAACAGAGAAGGAGAAAUACAAAUGUAUCCUGCCUUCCUUGUCAAAUGGAGAUGAUGUGAGUAUAAAGAUUAGACUAGCUAGAUAAAUAAUUUUCUGUUUCACUCCUUUUUUCAAUUAUUGCUUGUCUCACUUAUCCUCCCCCUCUCUCUCUUGCUCCCCCUCUCUCUUUCUCUUCCCCCCUUCUCACCGUCUCUCCCCUCUCUAUCUCUAUCUCUAUCUCUCAGGAUGAUGUCAAGGAGUACGCUGGUCCCACUCCAGGUGAUCUGCUGGACCCACUGUUCAAACAGAGCAGCUGCUCCUACAGAGUGAGAACCUUACAGUUUCACUUCUACUACUCUGUCUAAAUAUAGGCUAUCUUGAGUAUCACUGCAACACUAGCAACACCAAGGUCAUGGGUUUAACCCCCUUAGGUAGUGUUGCACGGUACACCGGUACCAUGGUAAUAUCACGGUACCAAAACGUCAUGAUACUUAUGAUACCAACAUUUUAGCAUACUGUAGUACCGUUUCAUAUGAUACUACCAAGUUUUUAGGCUGACGCCUGUUAUAAAAUGUUUAUAAAGUCAGUGUUGUUCAUAAAUUCAGUUGAAUUUAAGCAACCACCAUUAGUAUGCACCGGCCCAUUGAUAUCCACAUCACUUUCAUGCGCAUAUCACGUGUGGCAAAUUGAGCAGAGCUUCGCGACAGGCAUGCUUGCAGCUUUACAGCAGAGAAAACGGCUUGCCUCUAGCCUAAACGGUUCAAAAUACAGUAAAUGACCCAUAUAUUUUUUUUUAUUUAACCUUUAUUUAACUAGGCAAGUCAGUUAAGAACAAAUUCUUAUUUACAAUGACGGCCUACACCGGCCAAAUCCGGACGACGUUGGGCCAAUUGUGCGCCGCCCUAUGGGACUCCCAAUCACGGCCGGAAUCGAACCAGGGGGUCUGUAGUGACGCCUCAAGCACUGAGAUGCAGUGCCUUAGACCGCUGCGCCACUCAGGAUACCUUUUUUCUUUCUAUCGGGAUUUGCACGCAUUUUAAAUAAUUUCACAAUCCAUGUCGAAGGCUGUUUUGAAGGAAAGAAAACGGGUCUGCUACUCAUGAGAUGUGCUUCAAAGCUAGGAUUCAUACAGGACUAAUGGAAGACUAAACUAGAUCCAGAAAAUCGAUAUCUUUCUGGUGAUCCUUGAAUUCUGUUUGGUGCCUAAUGUUUUAAAAGUUGGUAGCAGUGUGUGUUUGUGGGAGAGAGAGAGUGGUGUGUGUGUUUAUGAGAGAGGUGUGUGUGUGUGGGUGUGUGUGUUUAUGAGAGGAAGUUAGGGAGACAGUGUGUGAGGAAGGGAGGUGUGUGUUUUAACUGAAGAGUAAAGGUUUCAUGCAGUGUUUUCCCUUACUGCCACAAUGACACGCAGAUCAUUAUGCAUGUAUAUUCCUUCCUACCAUUUCUCCAGCCAAAUCACAGGUAGGCCUUUGAAAAUAUGAGCAAAUCAGCCAUUCGAUGCAGUAUUCUAUUAUACACUGAACAGUGUGAAGUUAAAUUCAGUGUGUUGUAUUGAGUAUAAGUGUGAAUUUCAGUGAAAGGUUUUUGCGUAGCACAUGCGCAGAACAUUUAGAAAAUGUGAACAAGCAUCCGGGGGACGGGGCGAACAGGAUGCUAGGCCACUCUGAAUUUUUUCCCCCUCGGUAUCAUCAAAUUGUGGCGUCAUGGCAACACUACCCUUAGAGAUCACAUACACAUACUAAACAUGUAUGUAAUGUACUCACUUUGCUUUCAGUCACUUUGGAUAGGCUAACCACUGUCUCUUCUGGCGUGUCUUGUGGUGUUAAUUGUAGAUCGAGUCAUACUGGACGUAUGAGGUGUGUCAUGGGAAGCAUGUGAGACAAUACCACGAAGAGAAGGAGACGGGACAGGUCAGUGGGAAAUAAUGUUACUUCAAAGUUCACCAUAAUUAAAAAUGUCUACCAUUAAGUAUGUUGCAAUAAAUACGGGAAAAAAAGCAAUCAAGGUGAAAUGAUUUUUCCUGUUCUAUCUAGCAGAUCAAACUACAGGAGUACGUCUUGGGAAGCAUGACCAAGAAGACUGAGUCUUCAGCCACUUCAGGAACAGAGACCGCAGAGGCAGAGAAAAUCGAGGAGGCGGAUCCUAAGUCAGAACCCGAGAAAGAGGUUUGUUGUUCGACAGCGACACAGCAGUUUGGCUCAUAUACAUUUGGAAAAAACACCUGAUAAGACUUCUUUGAACCUUUUGUAUUUUCUGUGUCACUCAGUUUAUUUUCAUUUAAUUUGGGUCUCUAUCAUUGGUCGCUACCUUACUUGCUGUGAUCUGGUUAGUUUAUCUACCUAAGUUGAAUAUACCGAUUAUCUCUGUUAAAAGACAAAAAUAUAAAUGUCUCUAGGUUCCCACUAAGAAUGUGGAGGGCCAGCUGGCUCCAUACUACCCGGUGUUGAUGGGCCACGGGACGGCCUGCGUCCUGAAACAGAACGAGCCACGCUCCACCAACGUGCUGUAUGUCUGCCACCCCGAAGCAAAGCAAGAGAUCCUCUCUAUCGCUGAGGUCACUACCUGCGAGUACGAAGUAGUGGUGCUGACCCAUCUGAUCUGUGCACACCCCAAAUACAGGUAGCAGGUCUACCCAAUCAGUUUCCCUUGUUUGAUGUAUAUCAGAACUAGCAUAGCUGAUUUAACUCAUGUACAGAGUGACAUAGUGAAUAGUCUCGAUAUUAGUAUAAGUUAAGGCAGUGGUAUUCAAACUUUUGGGACCCCAUUUUAUCCGCCAGAAUUUCUGGGGAACCUAUUUUCAUUCACAAUAAUUUCUCGAGACCCCAAUAUAAUGACAACCUUAAAAUCUGUAUAUUUAUUUACAUCAACAAAUAACCUUCAAUUCAUUACAUUUUCAUCUCUUAUCAAAAUGAAAAUAAAUCAAUAAAUAAUAAUAGUCCCGUGUAGCUCAGUUGGUAGAGCAUGGCGUUUGCAACGGCAGGGUUGUGGGUUCGAUUCCCAUGGGGGGCCAGUAUGAAAAUGUAUGCACUCACUAACUGUAAGUCGCUCUGGAUAAGAGCGUCUGCUAAAUGACUAAAAUGUAAAAUGUACUCAAUACAAUUUUAUUUUUACAAUUAUCUUUCUCAAAAACGAUUGUAUAUUGUCCCAUGUUUGAGAUGUAAUGGAGUCAUAUCUUUAUCCCAUGGUCUGUUAGGUUCAAGUCGUCCCCAGUGAAUGCCAUCUUCUGCCAGGCCCUGUCUGGUUCUCCCCUGCGGCCUCACAGUCUCUCUCAGAUGGACCGGGAGCAGGAACAGCUACUGAAACCUCCCUUCACUGUGCCUGCUGCCCCAGAGAUGGAGAGAGAGGUGAGGUGGGGGGUAGGAUAUAAAGAUGGAGAGAGUUGAUACUGGGGAGGAGGGAAGGAGAGGGAGACAUGAAACUGGUGGAGGAUGGUAAGAUGAAAGAUGGGAAAAGGCAGUGGUAGUGGGGGACUAGUAGGCCACACCAUAGUAAAGCUUUUUGCAUUCCUCCCUACUCUACUGAACACGACUCAGGUUUAGAAGCCAACCACCUCCCCUCCUCCCUUUUUUUCUCCAGGAGGAGAGUAUGUCCCCAGUGAGAGAGGAGGCCUUCUCCUCUACCCAUAAGCCCUUGGUGGUAGGCGGGCAGACUCAUAUUACCGUGGGAACCACCCACAUCUCCCGCCUGACGGACGAGCAGCUGAUCAAAGAGUUCCUGAGUGGCUCCUACUGUCUCCAUGGGGUUAGUAUGAGGCAUGUUGAUUGGCUGGCUGUUGAAGAAGACACCUGCUCAUUUGCUACAGCCACAUAUUGGCUACUGCUCAUUGGCUGCUGUUGUUUAUUCAAUUUAAUAGAACGUUAUUGAUCCCUGAUGGUUCCCUGAUGUAUUACAUACAUAAAAAAACAACAUAUAUUCCAUUUAUACAUACCAAAAGGGGAAGUGACAGAGGAGGUUAAAAGAGGUGCUCAAGUAACACACACACAACUCUUAAGUUCAUACUGUAGCAUCUGUGUUCCAGGGAGUGGGAUGGUGGAAGUAUGAGUUCUGCUAUGGAAAGCAUGUACAUCAGUACCAUGAGGUAAGGGUUCUCUACCAGAAGAGGCUGGUGGGAGGAGCUAUAGGAGGACGGGCUCAUUGUAAUGUCUGGAAUGGUAUCAAACACAUGGAAACAACGUGUUUGACUCCGUUCCAUUAAUUCCAUUCCAGCCCUUACAAUGAGCCCGUCCUCCUGUAGCCCCUCCCACCAGCCUCCCCUGUUCUGUACUUAGUAGCUUGGUAAUGUUAAAAUGCUUAAAGCUAAAUAUUUCCUGUACACUGAAAGAGAUGCGUUUUAGUAUUGGCUGGCUGGGUGCAUCAUGUAUUUUUUGUUAUGUUCAAAAUAUCUACACUGAACAAAAAUAUAAACCCAAUAUGCAACAAUUUAAAAGAUUUUACUGAGUUACAGUUCAUAUAUCAAUGGAUCAGAAAACCAGUCAGUAUCUGGUGUGACCACCAUUUGCCUCAUGCAGUAUGACACAUCUCCUUCACAUUGAGUUGAUCAGGCAAUUGAUUGUGGCCUGUGGAAUGUUGUCCCACUCCUCUUCAAUGGCUGUACGAAGUUGCUGGAUAUUGACGGGAACUGGAACACUGUCAUACACGUCGAUCCAGAGCAUCCCAAACAUGCUCAAUGGGUGACAUGUCUGGUGAGUAUGCAGGCAAUGGAAGAACUAGGACAUUUUCAGCUUCCAGGAAUUGUGUACAGAUUCUUGCGACAUGGGGCCAUGCAUUAUCAUGCUGAAACAUGAGGUGAUGGCUGCAGAUGAAUCGCACGACAAUGGGCCUCAGGAUCAUGUCACGGUAUCUCUGUGCAUUCAAAUUGCCAUCGAUAAAAUGCAAUUGUGUUCGAUGUCCGUAGCGUAUGCCUGCCCAUACCAUAACCCCACCACCACCAUGGGGCACUCUGUUCACAACACUGACAUCCACAAACUGCUCGCCCACACAAUGCCAUACACGCUGUCUGCCAUCUGCCCGGUACAGUUGAAACCGGGAUUCAUCCAUGAAGAGCACGCUUCUCCAGCGUGCCAGUGGUAAUCGAAGGUGAGCAUUUGCCCACUGAAGUUGGUUACGACGCCGAACUGCAGUCAGGUCAAGCCCCUGGUGAGGACGAUGAGCACGCAGAUGAACUUCCCUGAGACGGUUUCUGACAGGUUGUGCAAACCGGGUGGCUGGUCUCAGAUGAUGUGGAGGUCCUGGACUGGCGUGGUUACACGUGGUCUGUGGGUGUGAGGCCGGUUGGACGUACUGCUAAAAAGACGUUGGAGGCGGCUUAUGGUAGAGAAAUGAACUUUCAGUUCUCUGGCAACCACUCUGGUGGACAUUCCUGCAGUUAGCAUGCCAAUUGCAUGCUCCCUCAAAACUUGAAACGUCUGUGGCAUUGUGUUGUGUGACAAAACUGCAUAUUUUAGAGUGGCCUUUUAUUGUCCCCAGCACAAGCUGCGCCUGUGUAUUGAUCAUGCUAUUUAAUCAGCUUCUUGAUAUGCCACACCUGUCAGGUGGAUGGAUUAUCUUGGCAAAGGAGAAAUGCUCACUAACAGAGAUGUAAAAAAAUGUGUGCACAACAUUUGAGAGAACAUUUCUGGGAUCUUUUAUUUCAGUUCAUGAAACAUGGGAUCAACACUUGCGUUUAUAUUUUUGUUAUGAUGAUUGAUUGAUAUGUGUUCUCUCCCAGGAUAAGGAGCAGGGGAAGAACAUCGUGGUAGUGGGCAGUUGGAAUUCUGAGGAGCACCUGGAGUGGGCCCAGAAGAACGUGGCCCGGUCCUACCAGCUCAAAAACGACGGGGUGGAGAAAGUCAAGUAUGUCAGCCAGCUCUACAAUCAGUUUUUUAAAAGAUCACACUGAUCAGCAUUAUGUUAAUAAUUAUUAUAUUUUAGAAAUAGGGCAUUAGAGGGUGGUGUCCCGGACAAAGAUUAAGCCUACCUCUGGACUAAAAAGCAUGCUCAAUGGAGAAUAUCCAUUGAAAGGGCCUUUUAAUCCAGUAAUAGGAUUAAUCUGUUUCCAGGAAACCUAAACAUUUUUAAUGAGAAGAACACAUUUGUGAUUGAUAAUGAGGAUAAGGACUUCAUGGUUGUUGUACUUUCUCCUCCCCAGAGUGGUGUCUCACUUCUACGGCCACGGGGACGUGUGUGACAUGACGGGGAAAUCCAGACAGGUCAUCGUCAAGCUCAAGUGAGUGAUCAUUAGUGUUACCAAUCUCUUCCUGCGAGAGGCCUGGUCUAGUAAUGACACACUUAAAGCUGCAAUGUAACGACCAAAAUCACAUAGAAAUGUAAGUUAUAGAUCUGUCAUUCUCAUUGAAAGCAAGUCUAAGAAGCGGUAGAUCUAUUCUAUGUGCGCUAUUUCUAUGCUUCAUGGUCUUAACUUUCGUUUUUUGCAUCUUUUACAUUCAGUUUUGUACACCAGCUAAAAAUCAAAUGUUUUUGUUUAUGGAAAAUAUAUUUCACAGCAGUUUAGAUGGUUGAAUGAUUCUCUACACUAUACUUGCUUGUUUUGUCACAAACUGAAAUUAGGAUAACUAUUUCUGCAUAGAGUGAUUUCUGCAUAGUGCAUCUGUGUGGACACCUCUUCGUCGAACAUCUCAUUCCAAAAUCAUGGGCAUUAAUAUGGAGUUGGAACAUUGCUGCGGGGACUUCCAUUCAGCCACAAGAGCAUUAGUGAGGUUGGGCACUGAUGUUGGGCGAUUAGGCCUGGCUCGCAGUCGGCAUUCCAAUUCAUCCCAAAGGUGUUUGAUGGGGUUGAGGUCAGGGCUCUGUGCAGGCCAGUCAAGUUCUUCAACACUGAUCUCGACAAACCAUUUCUGUAUGGACCUCGCUUUGUGCACAGGGGCAUUGUCAUGCUGAAACAGAAAAGGGCCUUCCCCAAACUGUUGCCACAAAGUUGGAAGCACAGAAUCGUCUAGAAUGUCAUUGUAUGCUGUAGCAUUAAGAUUUCCCGUCACUGGAACUAAGGAGCUUGAACCAUGAAUAACAGCCCUAGACCAUUAUUCCUCCUCCACCAAACUUUACAGUUGGCACUAUGCAUUGGGGCAGGUAGCGUUCUCCUGGCAUCCGCCAAACCCAGAUUUGUCCGUCGGACUGCCAGAUGGUGCAGCGUGAUUCAUCACUCCAGAGAACGUGUUUCCACUGCUUCAGAGUCCAAUGGCAGCGAGCUUUACACCACUCCAGCCGACACUUGGCAUUGCGGUCAUGAAGUUUCCGACGAACAGUUAUUGUGCUGACAUUGCUUCCAGAGGCAGUUUGGAACUCGGUAGUGAGUGUUGCAACCGAGGACAAAUGAUUUUUACGCGCUUCAGCACUCGGUGGUCCGGUUCUGUGAGCUUGUGUAUCCUACCACUUCGUGGCUGAGAAGUUGUUGCUCCUAGACGUUUCCACUUCAUAAUAACAGCACUUAUAGUUGAUCGGGGCAGCUCUAGCAGGGCAGAAAUUUGACGAACUGACUUGUUGGAAUGGUGGCAUCCUAUGACGGUGCCACAUUGAAAGUCACUAAGCUCUUCAGUAAGGCCAUUCUACUGCCAAUGUUUGUCUAUGGAGAUUGCAUGGCUGUGUGCUCGAUUUUAUACACCGGUCAGCAACGGGUGUGGUUGAAAUAGCCAAAUAUACUAAUUCGAAGGGGUGUCCACAUACUUUUGCACAUAUGCCAUUUAGCAGACGCUUUUAUCCAAAGCAACUUAGUCAUGCGUGCAUACAUUUUACGUACGGGUGGUCCCGGGAAUCAAACACACUAUCCUGGCAUUGCAAGCGCCAUGCUCUACCAACUGAGCUACAGAGGACCACUUCUCCAUUGGAGUGACAUGCAGGGCUUAUUCAGGAGGAUGUAAGGUUAAAGUUCAACAUCAGAUAGAAAUGUAUGGUGUAUAAGAUGAUUGUCAUGUAGAAUUGGAAAUCGUGUCAGCUCUACUGAUUCUAUUUCUAUCUGCAACAUUCAGAACAUUUCACAUCACUGAAUACACCGCCAGUCUCUGAUUCAAGUCUCUUUCCUCUCCUCUGUCUCAGGUGUAAGGAGUCUGAGUCUCCCCAUGCGGUCACUGUGUACAUGCUGGAGCCUCAGACCUGUCAGUACGUCCUUGGGGUAAGACUGCAUACACACAUCACUGUGUUGCAGAUUUCCAAUGUAUUCACUACACAUGGGAAAUAAACUCAACCCUGUUCUUUUUUUCUCCAUCAGGUUGAGUCUCCAGUCAUAUGCCAGAUCCUGGACACCGCUGAUGAGAAAGGCCUUCUAUCUGUCUCCAGCUAACAGAACAGGAAGCCAGAGAGACGAAAAAGAGGAGGGAUGAGUAGAGGGGGAUAAGAAGAGCAAUAGAAUAAUAAUAAGAAAAAAAACAUGUUUUACUAGAAAAGAAAAGAACAGAGAUUUAGGCAAAGACUGCAUAAAAUGGACACCUGAAGACUGGAUGAACCAAGGCCCAUGGCACUGCUCAGGAGGUUCAGACAGACAUGAAAAAAAGUAGAGGGAGAAAGUGUUGAUCCUGGAACGGCCCCUGGAAGCCAGGACCACAGCCCCUCACUAACGCCCUGGCUUAAACCUCCUCCAUGGACUGUACCAGCCCCAUUCUACAUCAAAAGCCUUAUGAUAAAAGCAUGGGAAAACACAUUUGAUUUGAAUUGGAAAUCCAAUUCCAAAUAGGACAGAGACUCACACAAAAUGGGACCCUGCUCACUCCACAAGGCAGUGGAUCUAUGUCCUGGACUUCAUAUCUUCCUUGUAUUCUUUAUCUUCGGCAGGUUAGUUCUAGUGUCUUUUCAGGCCAAUAUGCCAGGACAGAGAAUGACCAAUCAUUCAAAGAACCUCAUUAAGAGAACCAGCUUCCAUGUUGGUUUUUAUCGCCAACAUUCUAAAUGAUCUGUAUUUAUUUGGGUUUAAUUUCAGUUUGAUUUGAUGCUUGUCCGUGACACUUUGCAAUUGUAUGCAUUUUUUGUUUUGUAGAUAUCUUUGAGCAAGGUCAGUUUGAAUUUUAAAAUGUGCAGACAAACAGUAACUGUGGGUAUAGUAAGAAUAGGGUUCUGGUGUCAUGGUUUGGGUAAAUUUCAAUUGUCCAUUCAGGAAGUAAACUGAAAUUCC